AUGGAGCCUGGAAGGCUAUACGAUAUCAUCGAUAUGCUCCGGCGGGUGGUACCACCGACAGGCCCUCCGAUGCGGAGCAAGGACAGUUGUCGUUCCACUGUGAACAUUCUCAAGAAGACAAAUCGACCCGAAGCCGAGAAAGCAUUUCAGAAAGUCCGAAAGCAUGCGAAACUCGAUAAGGUUGUGUAUUUUCCGGAUAUGGUCGGUCAGCUCUUGGACGGAGAGGCAUUCGACUAUCUCAGACGCGAUUGGGGGGAUGGACUAGUGGCGAACGCUGGGGAGGAGGAAGGAUGGUCAUUCAUCACAAAGACUCAUCCUAAGUGGACGUCUUCCGAUUUGCCUCCGAUUGCUAAUAGCGAGAAGGACACCGAGAAUUGGGUCUUCUCCGUGAUCAUUCAGCCCGUAGUUCGAUGCCUGCGAGCUAUCAAGCAGAAGACAGUCCGCGCCAUUUACGAUCCUCACACGAACGAGUGGUUUUCCGUUUCCUCACACUCCGACAACGCUAUGUUCCCGAUCCCGGAUGGCCUGGUUGUAACGAGCCGACCCGGGAAGCCCUUGAAGGAGCAAAACAUCGUGGCCACCGUCGAAGUGAAGACUCCCAAUGCUAUGAAACCUCAGCGUAGAGGUGAUGUCGGCGCUUUCGAGGGUAUGGUGCAGGGUCACACAAGUCAAGUGCCGGCUGGUACUGCGAUGAAGUUCUGGUACGCGGAAAACAGGGAAUUCCCUCAGAGCACAAAUACAGAGACCAGAAUACUGCUCCAGGUUUGGUACCAGAUGCAGGCGGCCCGGACUCAGUUCGCCAUUCUUUCCAACUACGUCGAGGUUAUAUUCUUCUACAGAGUGGGCGACACGCUAUACAUGUCUCGACGCUGCACCAGCUUCGGGUCCCCUCUCUUGCAAACUCUCGCCUUCCUAUACGUCGCCCAGCUCCCACCGGAACGAAGGAAGGAGGUCUUCAAAGUUCCUGCGCCGCUAACUGAUUGGUUCUCGGAUGAAGUGAAGCGCAACACCAACCGUGUGGUAGGGAUUCAUCCAGGCUCUUUCAUGAAGGAAUACGUCAACACGAAGAUCAAGGGCUUGCCAACCAGAUAUACAGUCUUGGAAGUCGUUGGAAGCGACGAGGACGAGGAAGAGAUACCGCUUGAGGAAGAUGAGGAAGAGGAGUUGAGCGAAGUGAUGCGGAAGAUACGAGCAGUGAACCUGGCGACGAACGCCGAGCGGAGUAUAUCGGCGCGCGAAAGGGGCAGAAAGAGAAGCUACGGAGUCCGGAAGUCUCCUCGACUGGCGGCCGCUAGAGCGAAGACGGCCGCACGUCAAUGA